GUGAAUUUGACCGGUGACAGUUGGGUGACACGCGUGAGUGAGGCGCCAGCAGCAUCCCGGAUCAACAGCAGCACAACCGCAAUACUGAACAGGUGGCAGACCAACAGCCAUGUUGAAAGGGGGCACCACUAAGGUGGGGCUGCCCAAGUCGGGGCUCCAGGAACGGGCCAAGCAGUCCUCAUUUGCCCCCUCCUCCUCUGCGGCCACUUCUACAGCCAUGAAGACCUCCAGAUCCUCCAGCACCCUUGCCUCAGACCUGCGCCUCAGCAGGCUAAAAAGAGCCAGCAGUGAUGACGCCCUGACCAAGCCUUUGCUGGGAGCCGCUGCCGCUGGCUCCCGUAUGAAGAAGACUGUCACCACUGGAGCCAUUUCAGACCUGGCCGAGGCCCGCUCUCGUAGCCUCUCUGGUGCACAGGCAGUAAAGAAGUCUGGGAUCCCAGCCCCAAGAGAAAUCCCUCCCACUAUCACUAGAGACCGCAUCUCUCUUAGAGACCAGUUGAGGAGUUCCACUGCUAAGAAGAUGGUUUCUAGUGCCAGCACCUCCAGCCUGUCCACCCUGGCCAAGCAUCCACGCAAUUCAGCCAAGGCCUCUGGAGAUACAGAGGGUGCAGACAGAGGCCUUCUGGAGUGCCAGGUCAAAGAGCUACUGGCUGAGGCCAAGGCUAAAGACUUGGAGAUCAGCAAUCUAAGGAUGGAGUUGCAGCGCUGCAAAGGCAAAGCUUCCUCUGCUUCCUCUUCAGCCUCACCCAGUUCUGUCUCACGCCAAGACCCUGCCACCGAACGAGGGCAGGGUCAAGUGGCGGAAACCUUGGUGCUUGUGGGGGAGCUGAGGGAGAAGAAUGGGAAGUUUCAGAGAGAGCUGGCAAUCCUCAGAGAGGAAAACCAGACUCUAAAGGAAAAGCUGCUCAGUUUGGAGGCCUCUCCUCUGUCCAAUACCAACCCCAGCAGCCCCUCCAAGCCUUUGGUCAAUGGCCUGCUCUCAGACUCCAACUCCUCAGCUCCGCAACCAGACAGCCCCCCUUCCAAUGGCAGCCCACUCAAAACCUCUGUCUCCUCCGGCACUGAUGUUACCAAAGACUCUCCAUCACCUGACUCUUCAGAGUUUGAGAAGAUCCCGUCACGUUCAGAUUCGGUGAGCAGCAGUGUCUGUGGUGAAGCUGUUGGGACAGGGGGAGGGGUGAGUGCUGGGGGCCGGGAUGUGUCAGUGGAAAGCCUGACAGAGCAGAUCCACAAGAUGGAGGAGAACCAUCACAGCACGGCUGAGGAGUUGCAGGCCACCCUACAGGAGCUGGCUGACCAGCAGCAGGUGGUGCAGGAGUUGACUGCUGAAAAUGAGCGUCUGGCUGAGGAGAAGCGCCUCCUGCAGACUUCACUGCAGCAGCAGAGAGAGCGCCUGGAGCUGCUGGCCCAGAAAAAUGAGGCACUGGCAGGCCGGCUUCAAGAGCAGGCUCAGGCCCAGGCCCAAAGGGAAGAGGAGCUGGGCAACCAGGGCCCCCGACUGGCCGAGCUGGAGCAGAGGUACGCUGAGCUGGUGGAGAGUUCACGCUUUGAGCGAGAGAAGCUGGUGGACAUCCAGCAGCAGCUGACAGGCAGUCUGCGGGCUCUGGAGCAGGAGCACCAGGAGGCCCAGGGCCAGGUGCGCUCUCUCAGAGAGGAAAUAGACGGGCUGCGGAACCAGCUGGACAGAGAGCUGGAGGUUGGGGGUCAGGCAGCACAGGCUGCAGAGGAGCAGAGGGCUACAGCGGAGUGUCUAAGACUGGAAAACAGCAGGCUGAAGGCCCAGGUGGAUAUUGAGAGGCAGAAGGUGGCUGAGCUGAAGGCCAUGCAGAGUGCCAGUGACAGCACUGAGCUCCAGGGCCUGCUGAAGACAGCCCACACUGAGAGAGAUAGACUGGAGGUAGAGCUGACGGAGCUGAAACAGGAGCUGCUACAGGCCCAGGCUGAGACAGAGCAUCUCCGAGCCUCAGUCUCCAAGGUGGAGACCAAAUGCCAGCAUGUCCAGGAGCGAGCAGAGAGGAGGGAGCAGGAGCUGAGCAACCGGGUGAGCUCCCUGGAAGAGUCGGGAAUUCAGGCUGAGAACCAGGUGAAGGAGCUGAAGGAGACCAUCUUUGAACUGGAGGAUCAGGUGGAGCAACAAAGGGCCAUCCACCUCCACACCAACCAGGCUGUCCUGGACAUGGAGAAUCUUGUCAAAAAGCUGGAGGAGCAGAAAGCUGAAUCAGACCGACAGCUGAAGGUUUUGAGUAAACAGAUGAAGGAAGAAAAAGAGGAGUGGCGUCGUUUCCAGGCAGACCUUCAGACGGCAGUGGUGGUCGCCAACGACAUCAAGGUGGAAGCCCAGCAGGAGCUGCGUACUCUUAGGAGGCGACUGCAGGAGGAGCAAGAUCGCAGUGCCAAGCUCUUGUCAGACCUAGAGGCAGUGCAGGGAGUCAGGUCCCAAGGUGACGAGGGGAGAGUGCCUGACUCUGAUAACAGUCGUCACUGGUGUGGUAUCUCAAUGAUCCCCACCACACCCACCGAUGCCAACGGAGAUGUGGACUCCGAGCCUGGAACCACUGUCAAAUCCCUCAUUAAGUCCUUUGACACUGUUGGACAGAAUGGACCAGGCCACACAGUCCAAAUGCACUCCUCACAAAGAAGCCCCCUCAGUGGGAUUCCUGUACGAACUGCACCCGCUGCUGCUGUCUCUCCUAUCCAGAGACACUCCUACAUUAAACCACUAUCAAAAACUUUGGAAAAAAGAAUCAACCAUGGAGAAUUCUCUCAUCAUGAUAAGCUGUCAGGCUGCGGGGAGGACCUGAAGCCUAACAGCCUCAUGAGGAAGAGCCCAUCCCUGGAGUCGGUCAUCAAAACGCCUGCCUCCCUCAGCAGCCGUGCAUCAUCCUUCAGCUGCGGCCGGGCCAACAGCAAGCUCAGUGUUGAAAGAAAAGACCCCUUGGCUGCACUGGCACGGGAGUAUGGAGGAUCCAAGAGGAACGCUUUACUGAAGUGGUGCCAGAAGAAAACAGAGGGCUAUCCGAAUAUUGAUGUGACCAACUUCAGCAGCAGUUGGAGUGAUGGCCUGGCUUUCUGUGCUCUCCUGCACACCUACCUGCCCGCCCACAUCCCCUACCAGGAACUCAUCAGUCAAGAUAAGGGCCGAAACCUGACCUUGGCUUUCCAGGCUGCCGAGAGCAUUGGUAUCAAACCCUCCCUGGACAUUGAAGAGCUGAUGCAGACGGACAGGCCUGACUGGCAGAGCGUCAUGCAGUACGUCUCUCAGAUCUACAAGUACUUCGAGACUUGACCGGCAAGAAGAGAGAACGAUGAAGAUUGAAGGCACUGCAGCACUUUGUGCCCGGUCCGAGCCCAGCUCAGCCCCUUUUCCCCGUUUACAACUCGACACUCCACACAUCGCCAGGGACGCCUCUGUUCUGUCAAGAUUCACACUCCACUGCAGUGGCUGCUCUCUUACUUCCAAACAUGACACUCCAGUUAACACCGAAGCCCAAAUUCACUUAGGUUAGGGUCAGCGAGUUAAUUACCCUGCUCAUUUUUAAGUGCCAUGAGUGAAAAAGUGAGCGUCCAAUUCACUGAGAAAUUAGUUUAUUAGAUUAUGCCACAAAUAUCUCUAUUCAGGCCUUGCACAUGCACUCAGCAGCUGACAGCAUAAUUGAGAGGAAUAUACUGUAAAUGUGCAGCUUGAUCAUUUCCCAACUCCUUGCAUUUGUUAAUGGACCAGAUAAGACUUUUCUUACACAGCCUUGAAAUACUUUUUUUGAAGAUACUGAAGUUGAGAGCAAUAAAUAGACGAGCACCUUCAUGACAUAUUGGCUUUCAGUAGGGUACUUGUUGAGCUGAAAAUUAUAUUUUCCACUAAAGAUACUUAUUUUCUUAGCCACAACUCAUGUUUAUCCUUUGUUUCUCAUGCCUACCCUGACCUACCGCCACUUUUUUUGGAGAAUGAACAAUUCUCAACAUUUUUGUCAAUCAGAUUCUCUCUGUAAAUGGUCUGAGUUUUGCAGUGUUUCAGGUAUGUGCCAAACUUUUUCUGCCAAAAUACAGCUUACAUGAGAUUAUCUACGCAUGGUUUGGGCGUGAAGUCUGCGUUCACUGCACAUGGUCACUGAACAGCAUGCAGUUGUUUUCUCCUCUUUUUGGGGGAUGUGGUGUGUGCUCAUCUGAAACCUUUGGUGAAUUCGGGCCUUAGCGCUGAAGUGCUGCUGUCACUAAGCGCUUCUUAUAAGGAACCAGCUGGAUUCAACUUUGCAGACCAGAGAGCAUUUUGAGACGGCAGGUUUGAGUUUGACUGAAGUCUUUCUAUGUUCAAGCUGAAAUCUGUGUGUGUUCUGGUUUGUUUAUAUAAAACAGAGAUGAGGCAAACUUUCGCUGCCAUCUGUAAAGUUCCAGUAAAAAUGAUCUAACACUAAAAGAGUUGCUGAAUAGUUUUAUAGGCGUAUUUUUUAUGAAAACGGAUGGAUAUAUACGCACACACACACACACACACACACACACAAUUGUGUUCUUGCUGUUUCCAGCUGUAAUCAUUGUCUGGAUCAGCUGCUGUGCCCCUUCUGUGUUGUUUUAUUUUGUUUGUUUUGUUUCCUGCUAAGUCUUUCUCUGACUUGUAGCUAUGGUACUGCAAUCGGUUUGUCAAAGAAAAAAUAUUGCACGCCAUGUUAUUAAAUUAUAAACUAGAGUAUAAUUUUUACAUGUUAAGAGUUGAGGUACAUUACAUUGUUGUUGGUAUGAUCUAGAGAAGCUUGCUUUUUCAAAUGCCCUUAUGUUUUGACAAACAGAUAAAAAUGCUAUUUAUUUAUUUACAUGACGUGUCCUGAGAAGUGAGAAUGAGGACAGAAGUGUAUGCAGUUUUCUAUUUUAUGGAUGUCAGGUUUGGAGGUCUCUUGAAUGAAUAAUGAUCAAUAAAGGAUUGUCAAGUUUUUA